ACUCGCUGACAGCUGCUGUGUUCGUCCCUGUGAAUUUAAUCAAAAUAACACCAUGGAGGACAAGGCACAGAUACAAGAGGCGAUUAAAACCCAAGGUGAAGUCGUUCGGAAGCUGAAGUCAGAGAAGGCGAGCAAAGAGCAGUGAUAGGGUUGCUUACCACUUUUCUCCUGUUCUUCCUGCCCGACCCUGGACGCCCCCGGCCUGCCUCGCCCUUCAUCAUCACCAUCAUCUACCUCCACCCUCCUGGACCUCACUGCUGCACUCACUCCCUCGCUGACCUUCCUCGGACCGUUGUGAUUGGCUUCUGUGGCUGGGCUGCUUUUACCCAUGAUGCACUCCUGAACUUCUGUUUGUCCAAUUUUUGGACGUACAUUUUUUACCCUCAUGUUUUUGAAUCCCCGCUACCGUGGGAUGAACUCACUGGGCAUGUUUUGUGUUCGUACUUUUGCUGUGGUGGGCUGUCGGACUGCAACACGUGCGCGCUCUCUGUGCACGUCUCCUGGGAUCACUGUGGCUCAGAUCGAUGAAGAAGUUGCCAAACUGCUGGAGUUGAAGGCUAAGAUAGGAGGAGAUGAAGUCAAACAUCAGUUUGUCCUCAAGACAGCAAAGGGAACGAGGGAUUACAACCCCAAACAGAUGGCCAUCCGAGAGAAAGUCUUCAACACCAUCAUCAGCUGCUUCAAACGCCACGGAGCCGAGACCAUCGACACGCCUGUUUUUGAACUGAAGGAAACGUUGACGGGGAAGUACGGAGAAGAUUCAAAGCUCAUCUACGACCUCAAAGAUCAAGGCGGCGAGCUGCUGUCGCUCAGAUAUGACCUCACCGUGCCCUUCGCCCGCUACCUGGCGAUGAACAAGAUAACCAACAUCAAACGCUACCACAUCGCCAAGGUCUACCGCCGUGAUAACCCAGCCAUGACCCGUGGACGCUACAGAGAGUUUUACCAAUGUGAUUUUGACAUAGCGGGGCAGUACGACGCCAUGAUUCCCGAUGCUGAGUGUCUGAAGAUCGUCUGUGAAAUCCUCAGUGAGCUGGACCUUGGAGACUUCCGUAUCAAGGUCAACGACAGACGCAUCCUGGACGGGAUGUUUGCUGUGUGUGGCGUUCCAGACGACAAGUUCCGCACAAUCUGUUCGACAGUGGAUAAACUGGACAAGAUGCCCUGGGAGGAGGUGAAGAAGGAGAUGGUGAACGAGAAGGGCCUGUCGGAGGAAGCUGCAGACCAGAUCGGGGAGUACGUCAGUAUGCAGGGGGGAAUGGACCUCGCAGAGCGCCUCCUUCAGGACCCCAAAAUGUCUCAGAGUAAGCAGGCCUGUGCCGGCCUGUCCGACAUAAAGCUGCUCUUCAGCUACGUGCAGCUCUUCCAGGUCACAGACAAGGUGGUGUUCGACCUCAGUCUGGCCCGGGGUCUGGACUACUACACAGGAAUCAUUUAUGAGGCGGUGCUGACGCAGGCAGGUGUGGCCCCCGUGUGCACCGAAGCCCAAAACGGGGCCCCCGCAGAGGAGAGUGUCAGCGUGGGCAGCGUGGCGGGCGGAGGGCGGUACGACGGCCUGGUGGGCAUGUUUGACCCCAAAGGAAGGAAAGUGCCGUGUGUGGGCGUCAGCAUCGGCAUCGAGAGGGUCUUCUCCAUCAUGGAGCAGAAGGCUGAGGCCUCAGCAGAGAAGGUUCGCACCACAGAGGUUCAGGUCAUGGUGGCGUCUGCUCAGAAGAACCUGAUGGAGGAGAAACUCAAACUGGUGUCUGAGCUCUGGAACGCUGGCAUUAAGGCAGAGGUGAUGUACAAGAAGAACCCCAAACUGCUGAGUCAGCUGCAGCACUGUGAGGAGUCUGGGAUCCCCCUGGUGGCCAUACUGGGAGAACAGGAGCUGAAGGAUGGUGUGGUCAAACUCAGAGUGGUGGCAACCAGAGAUGAGGUUGAUAUUUCCAGAGCAGACCUUAUAGCUGAGAUCAGGAGGAGGACAUCUGAGGCCUAGUCCAUCCCCCCCUCCCCCCCCUUCAUAUUCUGCCACAUCAUCUGAUUGCUUCACACACACACACACACACACACACACACACACACACACACACACACACACACUCUGCAGACUCCUGACCAGGAACAGGGUCUCGUCUGGUCCUCGAGCAUGUUGGACAUCGUGCAGCCCUGACAACACUCCAUCCCUGUUGUUCUUGUAGCGGCCACACAGACCGUUUGGUGCGUUCAUGAAGGCUGAUACAAGAACACUGACGCUGAGAGGACGUGAGUUCAACAGGAUGUGCUUCUUAAAGAAACACGGAGCAGUGAACAGGAAGAUAGACAGAUAUUUGGCCUGUAGGGGCUUCUUAUAAACGGUAUUUUAUCCUGAAAGAUGUUUGGGAGACACAGAGCUCUGUGGUCGUCUGAAACCUCUUCACCCUGACCUGCUGUGUCCCCGCUCGGUCAGGAAACAAAUCCUGGUUCAGGGUUAAAGAGCUCUCUAACAGCCUGUACAGAGAUAGCUGGAUAAAUAGAUACUGUUUGAAUAUAAGAUAUUAUUGAUGUUCUCAGUCAGGUGGUUGACUGGAGAGUCAUGAAUGGUCUUUGUAGUUACAGUCGUCUCAGAUCUCCUGUAGAUCAUCUUCAGAUUAAAGGAUUAGCUUCAUAAAAAUGUUCUUUGUUUACAGUUUGACUGGUUUAUUCUAAGAGAAGCCUGAAAACCAUCAGCAGAUCAAAAAGAACCACCUCAGCAUGAAAUACCGUUUUUUGAGAAGUCCCACUUUACUUGAUGUGUAAAAAUGAUUUCACGUUGCUCUCUUAACCGAUCUUUAACAUUAACCCAACUAUGAAAGUGUAAUAAGUCAGCAAGGAGAUCAGUUUGUCUUCAUCAGGCUCAUGUCAAAGAAACAGAAACUGUCUGUGUCUGUACGCUCACGACUCUGAAAUAAAAAUAUCCAUCAUUUGUCUGGAAACAGAAGAA